AUGGCUACCAGAAAUGUCACCAAGGCCAGGGGUGAGGCCAUUGACUACUCUGACCCGGAAGUAGUCAGAGCGAGGGAUCAAAUGGCUGCGGUCAUGCGAGAAAUGAACUUCAAGCCUCCUUGUGAGUGCAGCCACUGCCUUCGUCAGUACAGGACACUCGAUCAGCAAGAUCUCAUCCCUUUCGUUUACCUCGGCCAUGUAAAGGACGCUGUCUCGCUUGCCAAAAGCUACUCCCGCUCUAUUGAAGUCGAUCGCGCGUUUCUCCGUCGAAAGAUCUCGGAAUCUGGGCUAUCCAUUCUCAACAGAUGGCGCGCGGGAGUUGGAAAGCGCAAAGCGUUCUUAGAGAAGGCCAAGCCAGAUUUGUAUCGAAACCGUAACCCACUCGUCGACAUCCCAUCACGCGUGGAGCAGCUAAGGCACCAGAGAGAGUAUCGCAUGGGUUACAUGUUGCCGUACCUCAAUGUGGAUGACUUGUCAGGAGACCCUACGAAACUCCUCGGCCUCCUAACUCACCGGACCAACUGCCUUCCAGAAGAGUGGGUGCCAUUUGAUUAUGCAAUGCUGUGGUCGGGAUGGAAACAGUGCACUCUUGCAGAGAAGUCCGCCGAUGGGUGCAUCGUGAUGCAUGGUGACCAGUUUGGCCAAUGGUCCACGUUCGACUCCAUUGCGGUGCAUCGCAAUGAUGCAUGUGGGGCGCCUAGAGCUUUGAUGAUCCUAGAGUCACAGCAAACUCUGUUGAAGUUCUUGCGUGAUUUGACUACGGUCAUUCUAGACGGCGCAAAACCUUCGAAGUCACUAAAAACGCCCGCCAAAGUCAUCUCCACAGAUCCUGCUACGGAUGCUAUCGCCCCUCGUGGCCUCGAGGUCUGCACGGAAUGGUCGCAGUUUCUGAACGCCGACCAGAAGAAAGAUCAGCCCUGGCUGUCAUUCGGAGCAAUGUUUUCCAACCAACCCUACUCUGCUGCCCCCGCUUUCAACAUUGACACAAUGAUUGACAUAGCUGAAAAUCAGGCAGAUGAAGCACAAGACGAGCUAUGGCUUCUGCAAACAGACUUAGAGUACUUUUAUAAGCGCUCCAGAUACCACGAAGCAACAUGGUUCGACAAGAUAGAGAAGGGACCGCAUCGGCCAAACCUCACAGCGAAGGAGAAGUUUGAUAAUAUUGGCUUCAUCAUGACACUCAAAGUUAUUCUCCAAGCUAGGGAUUGGCAAUGGCUAUUAGAGGAAUGCCAGAACGUUAAGCGGGAACUGCAAAGGAGUGGAUCAGAGAUUGGUCCUGGGAAACCUCUGCCCAAGGAAUAUGAGAGAGCGCUCGGUAGCUUAGAGAUGAUGCUGCGGAGAUCCUUGCCCUAUCAUCAGCUAAACCUGAAAAGACAUCUGAUAAGGUCUCCAGAUUUCUCGAAGGUUUUCAAGGUCACAGGUACUGCCCAGCAGCAACUUUUGGGAACCGCUUUGAUUCUCGAACUCAGAGACUACACUACCCUCCAUCGAGACGAUCGCAUCGGCUGGUGCCUCUAUCAGCUGACGUCGAAUUUCGAUGAGCGACAUGUUUUCGAACCUUCGGCGGUAUUGCAAUAUCUUGACGACUUUCUCGACAGUUGUCCCCGCCGAGAAGCCGAGAGAAUAGACCAGGAGCUUCAAAGAUGCAUAUCCGAAUUGGCAGCUAUCACACGUAUGAUGAAGCUACUCGAUCUUCACAGACCCUCUUUCCGUUUGCCCAGUCCAGACAUUCUCCAAGAAACCCGAGGAGCAUGGCAGGUCUUGAACAAGCUGGUCAUCAUGCUGUCGGCAGAAAUGGGACUCGGUUCUUUCAUCAACCCUCUGAACCAAUUUCGCAUGCCGACUGGCAGGAAAGACGAGAACUGGCUAGCUCGGCGCGACAUCGCGCAUUCGGCACUAAAAAGUCUAUGGGCAAAAGCAAGAAGUAUAUACCAGACAAUGUUAGAGACAAAUGGUAUACCACAAGAAUGUAUAGAUCCUCAGCUGGAGUGGAUGAGACAGUCUGGUUCGGAGGAAAAUGCUGCUCAGUCAGACAGUGAGAGACGCAUGGUCUUGGACCGCCUCAAGGCCGCAAGGGAGCGAGCUUCAGCUAGGAAAGCGGCACCUCAACAAGAAGAAUGCAGAUCUUUCGGCACACAGCAAGAGGUCGAGGCGAAGGACCGAUUGCCACAACCCGUGAAGACCAAGACCAAAACCCGACGAGGCCAUGCUUCAGAAUCCGGCAGCCUAUCUGAAGACAACGAAAGUGCUGUUGAAGAGACGCCACCUGUGUUGUACAAGCUAAAGCCAGCCUCAACCGCAGAGAAGGUGGUUCGCCUGAUGUUCCCAGACCCUAACGAGGAUAUGACGAAGGAGAAGUCCAGUGCCGACUGGAUUCACUUUGUGGCAGCGAUGACGACUUUGGGCUUUCGAGCGGAGCAUCGCGGAGGCUCUACGUUCGAGUUCAGGGGGGAGAUUAUGCUGCCGGAUACCACAUUGGCUCCACAGAAAAGAAGCUUCACCGUCCACAGACCUCAUCCAGAUACCGAAAUGGGACCGAUAAUCUUCCAGAGUUUAGGAAGACGGUGCAACAGAAGAUUCGGCUGGCAACGUGCAAAUUUUGCUACCGACGAGAGUGGUGCUGGGCAGGGUACUUAA